AUCUUUUCUGAUGGUGCUGCUCUCACUCAGUCAGCCAGUAUUGUUGUUUACCGCCCAACCCCCCGUGCAAUGAACGGCUGAUGUCACGCGCCUGUCCCUAAAAACGACAGACAAAGCUUCACCGAAAGAGAUAUUGUGAAAGGCGAGGUAGUCUAUCCAGCAGUUCGAGCGAGGCAAUGAAUCCAGAGGAGAGAGACGCUCCACCGCUCGAACCGGAGACUGUAACAGAAACUGUGACCCAGGAAUCGAGCGAGCCUGUGGCAACCCAGACGCCCGCAGAAUCCGAAAAGGACCAGGCCAAAGUUGACCCUAUCAGGCAGAUUGAAGAUACACUCGCAGCGGAGGAAUCCCUCCUCACCCCAGAUCAGUUGCAGGAGCGUUACGAAAGUUCCCAAAAGUUGAGGGCGCAAGCAAAUAACUUGUACAAAGAUUCAGCCUUCAACGACGCCGCUAUGAAAUACAGUGAAGCUCUCAAAAUUUGUCCCCUGAAAAAUGGAAAAGACCGUUCGAUACUCCACGCCAACAGAGCCGCCGCGUUGAUGGGCAAUCAUCAGAACAGAGAAGCUCUCCCAGACCUCGACCGAGCUCUCCAGUUGGACCCGCACUAUCUGAAAGCUCUAGAACGGAGAGCUCGAUUGAACAAAUUGUUGGAGAAUCUGGAUGAUUCGCUCAAAGACUACGAGAAGAUACUCGAGCUGAGACCUGGGAAUUGCGCUCAUAUUUCGACCAUCAGAGAGCUGAAGGAACAGAUAAGAAAACGAGAUGAGGAACUAAAGGCGAAAAUGAUGGAUUCUUUGAAACAACUAGGAAACGUCUUCCUCAAACCAUUCGGCCUAUCAACGGAUAACUUCUCCAUGGUUCCAAACGAAGCCGGUGGGUACAGCGUGCAGAUGAAUGGCCAGAAAUGAAGAAUUUUCACUCGGGGAUUCGAGGAAGACCGUUGAAAUCUCUGGAGGAAAUACUAGUUUCCGCGGGUGAUGAUGUG